AUGCAGACCAGAGCGCCGCCCCCCACAGAGGUGGCUGGCGGGCCACCCUCAUCAGCGGUGUCCGGGGCGCCGUCCUCCGAAUUCGCGGCUGGGAAUCACUCCCAGCCACACGGCCAGCAUGGUGACACUCUGCUCCACGCUGACGCCCCUCUCUUCGGGCAACCCGCCGAUCUCCAGGUCGGACAUCAACGCCUCCUGAUCGCGGUCAUUAACCUCAGCGCGCAGCUCGGAUAUGGUACGCUCCAAGUCCAUCCUACCAGUUGCAUCAGGAUCCACCUGACGCUGCUCCAACACCGCAAUUCUCUACUCGAAGGAGUCAAGUCGAGUUGUAAAAGAACUGCAGAAGGCCGCUAUCUCCGAGCGGAAUUCCCUCAUCUCCUUCAUGCAGCCGGCCAGCAUACUUUUCAUAUCACAGUUGGCAUACUUAAAUUUAUUAUGUUAGUUGCUAGAGCAGAAGUCUUGGGACAAUACAAAAAAUUAUUGCUUUAUUCAAAGUCCUUAGCACUGACUGAUCCAGUUUAUUUUAAAAAUAGAAUUACAAGUGAGUUCAAGAAGAACAAAACAUUGACUGUACCUGAAGAUAUUCGAUUUGCUUAUCAGAAAGGAGAAGCAUUGCUCAGACGUGGUGCUGUACUGUAAAAUGUUGCCACUUAUAAAUCGUGUCUGCUUUCCUAGUGCACUGCAUGCAUUGAGGGCUUGGAAACAUACAAUAGAUUACAGCAGAGUACCGAAAAUUAAUGAAUAUGAUUUACUAGAACAAUUUGUUAGAGGAGGGGGCCCUGGUGGCUCAGCAGUUAACAAAAAUGCUAAUUGUGUGGUCCUCACACACAUGCCCUCAGGUAUAGUUGUAAAAUGCCAUAUUAGUAGGUGUCAAGAUGAGAAUAGAAAACUGGCUAGACAGAUGUUAAUAGAGAAAUUAGAUGAACAGUUAAAUGGAGAAGACAGCAUUGCUGCACAAAAGAAACAACAAGAAGAGAGAAAAAUGAAACGCAAUGAUUCUAAAAGGAAGAAGAGAGCAUUAAUCAAAAGUGAAUGGAAGAAGCGAGAAGGACUCGAUUAA